UGCUACGGGCGGCUGGCAGGUGGUCUGCUUAGGGAUGUGCUCUUUCCUAAGAGUGCGGUCUCCCAUGGGGAUGAAAACUUCCCUAGAGCCAAGUACAGCUCUCCCGUUGACGAUGAACACCUUUGGAAGAACGAAAGUAUCUGAGGGGAAAUUUCCCCUGAGCAUGGAACUCGGAAAGGUUGAUUCAGAAGACCAGAGGAUCUUUAUGGGAACAAAAUCUCCUGCGCAGUUAGGAUUUGAAAAAGGGUUCAGACAAGAGGAUUCCCAAUGGAGGGAGAGCCCUGUAGUUAGCAAUAAGUAUAAGGAAAGCAUAGCAUUACCAGGAACACAAUCUCCUUGUGGCAAGGAGCUUGAAAGGGGAUUGGAAAAACAAAAUGUUUGUAGGACCUUCGGGGAGAGGGGCAAUGUAGGGUUCAACAGGGUCUCACCCUUACAGGAAACAAAGCCCCUGGGUGAGCUCUCAGGGAGCCGGGUGGGGUUAGAGAAUGGGUGUUGUCUGGCGCAGGGUCCCUACGUAAGGGGAGCACAGCCUCCCUUGGGCGCAGUGUGUGGAUGUCCACAGGUUGUAGGCAACAGAAAAGGGGCUAUGGCUUAUGGUCUUGACGGACUAGAGCCUUUGGUGGGAAAGCAGCCUCCUUUGGGCUUAGAAGGGCGACAGGAACUGGAGAAAGAAUCCACCUGUGUUGUGGUGAAACCCGGCACAGAGAUGACUCCCCCCGUGGAGGUGGACAUUGGCCUUCCCCGAGUUGAGGGGUCACAUGAAGCUGAGAUUGUAGAGCCCCAGAUGGGUUUGGUGAUCGAGCCUUCCGAGUGCCAGUUUGCACAGCAGCCUGAAGAGGCUGGAACUGUCCUGCCAGGUGUGGAAUCUCCAGACUGCAUCAGACCCAUAUACUCUGGGAGAUUCAUUGAUCGGAUGCCUUGCUGGCCAACUGCAGGAAAAGUUACUCCAAUUGGACACAGAGUUGCAACUUGCUUAACUGAAAAACUUCCUAGGCUAAUUACUCCACCAGAGGCAAAAAAGUAUUACAAUUUCAGAUAUCCACCUCCAGGAGCAGAGAGAGUAUUUUAUGGCAAAGCAAACGAUCCCAAAAUUGCACCUUACUUGACACAUGGAAUAAGAUCUAAAAUUUCAAUACCGGCAGAUACAUUGAUAAACCCACAGCCUAUCACCACAUUUCAACAGAAACUUAAAGAGAAAAAGGAGUCUAUAUAUUAUAGUAAUCGGUGGGCGCCAUUAGGAAAAUCUCACGAUCAAACACCGGGAUUACCUAAAGGACUGGAUGUAAUCAAUACAACAUUUGGGACAGCAGUCAUCAGAGAAUUCUCUGCUAGAGAGGUAGUGAAUCCACCAAAAUCAUAUGAUGAAGUAUUUAAAGAAGGACAAGAAGGACAUGAUUUGUAUGUUGUUUCUCACAAUGAUUAUUAUGUGGGAGAAGCAAAGAACCGAAAGUAUAACCCAUCGAGUUUCCAUCGGUUUGAUUUAUUUGGAGUCCCCACACCGCAUUUUAAUGAUGGAAAAGCUGUGGCAAAAAGCUUGCAUUGGCUCCAUGAACUACAAAUGAAAAAAGGAGCUAAAAUUGUAUCCAAGAGAGUUGAUGAUUUUAAAGAAAAAUUUCAACAUAAACUUGGAAGAGUUUUAGAUCCCAUUGCAGAAACGAUGACUGUUCCUCCAGGCCACACAUUUGGAGCUUGUCUCUCUCCUGAAGAAUAUGGAGUUGAUGAUCUCAUCUAUAAUAGGCUCCCUGGGACAUAUCUUCGAGGGAAGGACAGACAGCGGGCCCUGAUUGCCGCAGUUCGACAUCACUUGAAGAAAUUUAAUUAUCAAAACUUUGACACUUUGCUGGCGGCCUUCAGGCACUAUGACAAGGCCAGUGGUAGAGCAGAGUUUGUGGUGUGUAUGUGGGCUGACAAAUCCCAGCAGGUUGGUGUAGAUCAGGAGUCAGCCAACUAUGGCUACCCCAUCCAUGGUGUUCCAACCAUUCGCUCUGAUAUUCCUGCCCCUCGAAUUCGUCGCGUCAGUGAUAGAACUAAUUAUGGCGAAGAAGGCAAUGCUUACUCUUUACUACAUCCUACCAUCUUUGCCCAGAAAGGAGUGUUUGAAAGAGACUUCUUCAAGACCAGAUCUAAAGAAGAGAUUGCAGAGAUACUAUGUAACAUUGGUGUCAAGCUUUCUGAAGAAGAAUUUGAAAAUGUGUGGAAUCUUGCAUCAAAAAAACAUCACAGAGGAGAAGUUUGUGUUGAGAACAUCAGAAAUGUUCUAGAUGAACUACAGCAUGCAGAGCGGACCAAGUGUAAAAAAUCCAUGUGAUAUUUUUGGAAU